AUGGAGGGUAAUAAGAACUCCCCACCUCAGGCACCUAUACGUUGUAAUGGGACCUCGAGGCUUUUCAGCUCGUCAUUCUCUCCAGUUCUCUGUCACUACGUUCCAAAACUGACGAGCCGUAUCGGGAUGAAUUCAGAGCUCGCACCGGACCCAUCAACGGGUGGCCAUAUUGCUCAACCACCCUCUGCUGAACAUUCUGGUGACGACUCCGCACUCCCAGCCUUGUCUGCUGCCGCUCCAGCAGAGCCAGAUGGCGAUGUGCCAUCAGUUCCAAAUCCUGUACAUGAGACGUCCGGAGUCUCUCUGGACGCGCAAUCUCUAAGCCUUCCGAACCGCAAUCAUAUUAGCAUAGAAGAUUCGAAUAAUCCAGAUCUAAUCCAGCCAUGCGAAACGAGCAAAGAACGAGUCAGAGUGGCAGAAAGUAGGAAGAACAACAAGGAUUGGAGAGCCAAGGGAUUUGCAUCCAAGAAUGACCUUACCCACUGGUUUCCAAGGAUUGCAGAGAAUGAACACGAAAGUUGGCGGAUAUGGAUGUCCAAACGUAGUCAGGCUCUGCUCUUGCACACAGCUACAGUCGCUGCAAUUCUCAUCGCCAAUUUUACGCUCACGCUUUUCGCACUUGCUCAGUAUGCUCACCGGGAUGGAGUCGGGAUCAUAUACCAGGGGUCAUGCAGUACUGCGAAGCAGCUGGACCGAUGGUUGCAUUUGCUCAUAAAUCUCCUGGGCACUGGCAUGCUAAUGGCCUCAAACUACUGCAUGCAACUACAGGCAGCGCCAACGCGAGCCAAUGUCAACAUCGCACACAAUAAUGACAAGUGGUUGGAUAUCGGGGUAUCCAGCUUGCGAAAUCUCACGAGCAUUGGGCCAUGGAGGCAAUUUUCUCGGGUUUUCCUGGCAUUAAGUUCGUUACCUUUACAUUUGAUCUAUAACUCCGCCGUCUUCACAUCGUUGGCAUCCAAUGAUUACACCGUUGCAGUGGUGACUUCUUACUUUCUCAAUAGUACGAGCACGUCUUGGAACCUCAGCGCUGCAGCUUCACGUGGACUGUGA